CGCAGGUAUGUACAUUCUGGAUAGGUAAGUGCCUGGCUAGGUACAUGUAUCUGUGGUAGUAUAGGAACAAAUUUGGAACGUACAGCUACUCCAAACGUCACCAAAAUACAUACUGGAUAACAUACAGGGUCGACUAACUUCAGGAUACGAGGACGUGUUCAAUAUAUCCGGACAGUGAGCGCGUCCCAUGGCGGACGAGUUAUAACUGGACGGAGUACAUGAAUGUGUUUGACUACCAUGUAUGUGUACACUCUAAGCUGCUCUUCCUUUGAAAUGUGGCCGAGAAUUACCUUGAUCCAGUCUUGUUAAAGGUAUAUAUGUCGGUGUUAGUAAGAUCGUGCUGAACCGUGGAUAUCAACAUGUAUUGAAAAAUGUUUGAGGUAAAUCUGGGUAUGACGGCGAAAUGUAGGUAGUAUAUAAAUAGCCCAGGAACUGGAUAUUACAGUUGUGUGGAAUAUGUGACGUAUACAACAACUCAUUAUACCUCGAUAAGACCAUCUCGGAUGGAAAUUGUCAAUAUGACGUUACGCGAGAGAUUCUCGGACCCAGUAACGGUUUUAAGUGCAAAACUUCCACACGAAACCCAAUGUCUACUCACUGACAUCGCUGUGCUUCCCGACGCAUUCGUUGUUGUAGAUAAUGAAAAUAAAUCUAUCAAAAGAUUUAAUUUCCAAAUGACCUUGAUUGACAGUGUCAAACUAGACGACCCAUGUGGAGUCACAAAACUGUAUUUAUCAUGUCAUGUUGUUGUGACACAGCCUCAGCAGCAAGUCAUAACAUUUAUUUCCGCUGGAAAGGGCGGCAAAAUGUCCAUUAGUUCUUCAAGACACACAAACCGGAAGUACCAAUCUGUGGCCUGUCUGGAUGAGAUGCGCCUCGUGGCGGGGUGUUGUGAGGUAGGUCACGGAUGUGUAGAUAUUUUGACGUUUGAUGGUGACGUGCUGUAUUCCAUAGAAAGGGAUGACAACAAGUCGCGGAUUUUCCGGACCCCGGCCAGUCUGACGUGUUUCGCUGGUCGAUACGUCCUUGUGUCAGACUCUGGACGGCGGGAGCUUGUUUGUGUGACAACGAAAGGAGAACUGAAAUUUGUUCAUGACCCGAAAGGGACUCCGAGUGGGUUGGGCGUCACAACGUCUGGUGACGUGUUCAUGUGUGUUUAUGAUAGAUGUGUAGUCCAAAAACUUGACGUGAACAUGGGCACUACGUAUGACGACUUUCUACCAGAAGUGGAAACGAAGUUCCCCCUAGCAACGUGUUUGUCUGAAGACAGAGUGCUUGUUGUCACGGAGGAAAUGCCUAGUGACAGGAUCGUGGUGGUAAAUUUGGACGCUUACGAGAAGACGAGCAAACAUGGCCCGCCAUUAAAACUGUCUAACAUCCAUUUGACUAUAGACUAGUUAUCUGUAUAGACACGUGCUCAUCAUAGAUGUGAGCAUCAGAAGUAGGUGAGAAAUAUGAGUGUGUCAACGAACGCCUGGGACGUGAGCGCCAACAGUACGUCAUAGAUGUAAGCGUACACAGAACGUCAUAGAUGUGAGCGUCAACAGUACGUCAGAAAUGUGAACGUCAACUGUACGUCAGGGAUGUGAGCGUCAACAGUACGAAAGGGAUAUGAGCGCCAACUGUACGUCAGAGAUGUGAGCGUCAACAGUACGAAAGGGAUAUGAGCGUCAACUGUACGUCAGAGAUGCGAGCGUCAACAGUACGUCAGGAAUGUGAACGUCAACUGUACGUCAGAGAUAUGAGCGUCAACAGAACGCCUGGUACGUGAGCGUCAACUGUACGUAAGGAAUGUGAGCGUCAACAGAACGUCAGAGAUGUGGGCGUCAAUUGUACGCCAGGAUUGUGAGCGUCAACUGUACGUCAGAGAUAUGAGCGUAAACAGAACGUAAGGAAUGUGAGCGUCAACAGUACUUCAGAGACGUGAUCGUCAAUUGUACGUCAGGAUUGUGAGCGUCAACUGUACGUAAUGAAUGUGAGCGUCAACAGCACGUAAGGAAUGUGAGCGUCAACUUUACGUCAGAGAUGUGAGCGUCAACAGAACGCCUGGGACGUGAGUGUCAACUGUACGUAAGGAAUGUGAGCGUCAACAGUACGUCAGAGAUGUGAUCGUCAAUUGUACGCCAGGAUUGUGAGCGUCAACUGUACGUCAGAGAUAUGAGCGUAAACAGAACGUAAGGAAUGUGAGCGACAACAGUACUUCAGAGAUGUGAGUGUCAAUUCUUCGUCAGGAUUGUGAGCGUCAACUGUACGUAAGGAAUGUUAGCGUCAACUGUACGUCAGAGAUGUGAGCGUCAAUUGUACGUCAGGAUUGUGAGCGUCAACUGUACGUAAGGAAUGUGAGCGUCAACAGCACGUAAGGAAUGUGAACGUCAACUGUACGUCAGAGAUGUGAGCGUCAACUGUACGUCAGAGUGAGAGCGUCAACUGUACGUCAGUGGUGUGUCAACAGUACAUUUACGUUAAGAUUUGAAGUUUUAACAAUAUGUCAUGAAUUUGAUGUUCAACAAUACGUCAUGAAUUUGAUGUUCAACAAUAUGUCCGUGACAACAAAUUUUAUGGCUAUCGGUUCAAAGGUAUUUGGACAUCAAUAGCGUAUCCAGGCAACCAGAUUUUUUUCGAAUUUUCUUGAUUUAGUCACAAAGUAAUUCUAAAUAUAUAUUCAUAUAUAUAUGUAUUGAAAUAAUGUAAAAUUGUAUCUAGAAUUAUAAAUUGUAUAUCUUCAUGUUAAAAUGAUCAGCAGGUGUGAAAUAUGAACAUAUAUUUGAACAGGUUUCAGGAACUAGUUCAUUGUGAUUUUUUUCACCACACGCUUGGGCCAUAAACAAGCGUGUUUAUUUUUGUCAGAGACUUAUGAAAUAAAUUUCUAGUUUAUCUGAAAUAAUUAAACAUCGCUUUCCUGUUUAAAUUAAUGAAUUUGAUUGGUCUUGAGACAAAUAUGACUUCAUUUAUUGAUUUAUUCAUCGCCCCGUAAAAUCCACAAAAUCAAGAUCCGAUACUUAACCGUGACGUUAAGUACAGCCAGCUAAUGACGUCCUAAUUUAGAUGAUUGUGAAUGCCUUCCAAAUACACAACCUUCGUUGGAGCCUCGGUAUGGAUAAGUUACUUUGCGGUCACGACCUCGGUAUGGACAUUGCAUGAGUUACUUUGCGGUCAGAGCCAAAAAUACCCACAUAUAUAUAUAUGACUUUCUAUAUAGGUAUUUAUGGCUAUCUUUUGAUAUCAGACUAGACAUGCCCCUGUGUCCACAUAGGAACGAACCAGCAACCACUGUAUCGUAUCAGGUUAACUUUUACUUAAAUCUUAAUUGUAUUUAACUCAAACUGAAACAUGUACAUAUAUAUGUUUUACAUCGUGCGACCUUUAACUAUAUGUCACGAGGUCACAUAUAUUAUACUCAUUCCACAACACAAUAAAGCUUUGGUACUCAUA